AAUAAAUUCAACAGGAAAACAGAAGUCGUGAGAAGGAAUUGUCCCUUUUUUUUCCCGGAUAAACUACUUUUAAUUAAUUAACUACUUAUAUAUAUUACAUCUAACGGUGUCGGGGUUCUCACUCUUUAUAACCCGUAUUGUCAACUAAGAAGUGACCCACUUUUCAAGCAAAGGUUGUUUGGAGACAUGAAUCCAGAAGACGUGGUUAUCAUUCUCAGUGAUGAUGACGAUGAUGUGUCCAUCAACGACUCGGUCUACAUCGUCGAAGACAUCCAGAACGACGUAUACCCAGUAGAUCAGUCUAACUGCAGCAGGUCACAUGAUCCUGAAGGAGAAGAGGACCUGGUCGUUACCUUCUGUCAGAGAGGAGAGGUGCUGCCUCACGCACGCUACGACUGUACCGCACACACCUUCACACCAACAGACAGUGAUGUAGGAGGACCAAUAGAAUCCAACCAGCUCUUCUGUCACCAGUGCUUCUGUUACGUCUGUGACAAGGUCGCCUCGGAGUGUUCUGUGUGGAUUGUGUCAGGAGUGUGCCACUGCAACGCCCAUAAGAGGAGUGUGUUCUGGAGCAACAAGAGGGACAAGGUGGUUCUGGGAUACCUUCAGAUGUUUAACUUCAACCUGCUGGAGAUCGACAGCGACCUCCGACUGGCAGAGUCCUUACUGCUGCAGUUGGAGGAGGAGUUGUCCAAGGAGUACGCCUCCUUCCAGAUGGGCGUGGCUGUGAGGGGAUUGGCUGUCCAUUGUGCCUGUCACUGCCACACAGCCAAUCGUUUGGAAUGCGGGAACUGCCAAUCAAAUCACCUGCUGCUACUGGUCUACGAUUAUUCGCAGGUGUUUGAGUGUGUGUGCCGCUUCCUUGGACGUGCGGAGAGAGAGAGACCGAGAGCAGCAGCUGUUAUGAGACUUGGAGCAGUUCAACUCUUCAUUACACACUGUCAACCUCCUGGACCAGUGAUUUCCCAUCAUCUUGAGGCCAGGAUAGCGGAGGCCCUGCCCUUGCUGCUAACCAGGGUAAUGGAGGCGGUGCAGAGACAGAUGGUGGAGUGUGACUUCAGUCCAGAGUUUCUCCAGAAACUUCAAGGUUUCUACCAGACCCUCCCCCUUCCUCCCAGCUGCAUCGCUCUGAGAAACAGGCUGUGUGUUCUCCCCUGGUCAGAUGUCCUGCUGGUCUCCGUGUUAAAGGGACAGACCGUUAAUGUGUGUGUUCCAGGCUGUGCGUUCUCCCCUGGUCAGAUGUCCUGCUGGUCUCAGUGUUAAAGGGACAGACCGUUAAUGUGUGUGUUCCAGGCUGUGCGUUCUCCCCUGGUCAGAUGUCCUGCUGGUCUCAGUGUUAAAGGGACAGACCGUUAAUGUGUUUGUUCCAGGCUGUGUGU